CAAAACAGGACUCACAUGUUCGCAUGAGAUCAGCAUCAGCAAAUGCUGUCAGUUUUCUGAAACAGCUUCACGGUGAUCAAACCCUUCUAAGAAAUUUCCCCAGCUGGAGAGAGUUCUACACAGUAUUGUCUCUCCAGGCUGGCAGAUGGAUCAUGCUCUCACUGGCCUGGUGACACGAGGGAAAACAGUCUGGCAGAUUCCACAGCCCUGAAGAUAGGAGAGAACGGCUUAUCUAGAGACAAUGAAGGGAACCAAUCCAGAGAAGAAAGACCUCCAACCCUAAUAUUACUAUUGGUCUGGACUAUCAGAUAUAUGAGACAUACUGAGAAGUCUGUGCCCUGAUGCUAUGAACAGACUGUGAUGAUGCAGAGGAAACACACAUUGGCUAUUUCAGAAGUCCAUUACUACCAUAUACAUUACCACCAGAUAUGAAGACUCCAAACUGAACAUAAUUGGCAAUUCUCAAGGUAAAAUAGAUGAAGCGCGUUGCUCAACUGCUAUAUUGGAUCUGGAACAACAACAGCAGAUAUAAUUGCUAUCUACAAUUAUAUGCACUUAAAUAUUAAGAUCCUAUAUGACUUUGAAGAUGGAAGCUAAGAGAUUAAUAGACUGAAGGUGCGAUUUUUGUCACAGGUACAUUCCCAGCCACUUUUUUUUUCCAUGUCAGAAGGAGCCAGUGGUAGAGGGUGAGAAAAAUAGAUGUGUGUUAAAUUGGCCAUGCUCUGUAGGCAGGAUGCAACUACACUUACUCUCAGGGAUGCAUAUUCUGGUAUGUCAAAGUUCCUUGGGGAAAUUACAGGUAUCUUUUUGCCUAUUGGUUUAGGUAGUUUAAAUACCUUGGAUCAUAUUUCCUUACAGUUACCAUCUCAGUAACUUAAGAGCAAAGAGGGUAUGGAUAUUUGUGUAUGUGCAAAUGGUGUCUAACUGACAAUUCUGCAGUUUUAAAAUUUAAAAUUCUGCACUUUUAUUCUUAACACUGCAGUCUUCCCCCUUCUUCCUUGGGGAACAGCUCCUAGUGCUCGCCUCUCAGGACACACCAAGCUGAAAUAUAGUUUCAUUUACUUCUUUACUCUCAACUGAAGGCAUCUGCAGCUCUGCCAAUGAAAAGCAGCCUAGUUAGCAAUUCUGUCUGUUGCUGCUCCAUUUUGCUGGCAGUUGGACACUGGUCUGUGAUGUCACCGUGACGCAGCAUAGGCACCAUGGUAACAUUUGGUAAACUUCUACCACACUCCCUAGGCCACAGGUGGGUGCAGCUGCACUUCAUCCCCCUGUUUGGCAGGACAGAGCCCAGUUGGUCAAGGAAGUGGCUAUGGACAGAAACUUCUGUCCAACUAGAAAAACAAUUUCAAUGGAGCCAUCUUCAACGGAAACAUCAAACGUUUCUGUUUGGAACAAGCCCAUUGAUUUGGCAGUCUCAGCUUCUCCUCAAGUAGGUGAUAAAAGAGCAGCUCAUGAUGCUGCCCUAGGAUCUAUAAAAGAAGAAAACACUUUUCAAGGUUCAUGUGAUGAACCCUGCACAAAAAGAGCGCAUCUUAAUUUUUCUGAUGAAAGCUCUGGCAAAGCCAAUGACUUGUCACCCCAAUCCUUUCUGAAAAAACUCUGGGAAAUUGUUGGAAGCAAUCGGUUUCAGUCCAUUUGGUGGGGUGACGAUGGAAACUGCAUAGUGAUCGUGGAAAAACUCUUCAAAAUGGAACUGCUGACAAGGAGAGGACCUCUGCGAGCUUUUGAAAUUGAUAGCAUGAAAACUUUCAUUCUCCAGCUUCAUCUUCAUGGAUUCUGCAAAAUGCAAUGGGAUUUGACAAGAUCUUCCUCAUGUGAUGAAUUUCUAGCUGAUAAAGGAGCAGUCUCUGCUUUUAGCAAGUUACUCUUCUACCAUAACCCCUACUUCAGGAGAGACUAUCCCCAUCUGUUAAGACGAUGCAAGCAAAGUAAGCGAAGUACUAGUCUAAAAAAAGCUGCAUUUUCACUGGAACUGGCUGUGAAGGAACGCCACCUGAGAAGAAACCCACUGAAGACAUGGUCAGGCCCUGCUUCAACAGCAGUCAGUGCAAAGAUCAAUCCUCAGGCCCCAUCCCUUUUUCCACAACACCACAGCCACUCCCUGUUUGGCAUCCAGGAUGCUGCUUCUGCUGAAACUGCUGCUUCUCCAUACCACAUUACGCCCCACAUAACAGAUAGCGUUCUUCCACCAGGGCUGGGACCAGAUAGCAAAGCAGCAGGUGAUGGGGUUGGACAUCAACACUGUACAUACUAGAAGCAUAUAUGAUAGGUACCAAGUGAAUAGAGUGUAGUAGUUCUAUAUAUAAGCUGUCUGAAUAAAAAAUA